CCUUGGGCAUCCCCCCGCGCCUCUUAUUGAAUACCUGGCCUCACCCCCAGGCACCUUCUCCCACGCCAGCUCUCCCUAGUGAGAACCUGGGCUUCUACCCUGUGCUCCCUUCCCCACUCUCCCGUGACCCCUAGGUUGUACCCGGGUACUCUGCUCCCCUCACCAGCAGUCCCUAGUGAGAACCCAAGCUCCUACUCCAUGCAUCUCAGCACCCUGCUCCCCUCUCUAGCAAUCCCUAGUGAGUAUUGGGCCUUUCUGCCCACACCCCUGGGCACCUAGCCUCCUCGCCAGUGAUCCCUAUUGAGUACCCAGGCACCCUGAUGGGUAUCCUGCUGCCCUUACCAGUGAUCCUUAGCAAGUACCCUAUAACAUGCCCCUUGCUUCCCUGGGCACCCUAUCCUCUCCCACUAGUGAACCCUAGUGAGUACCUCAUGCUGUGCCCCAUGUCCCCUCGGGUCACCCUGUCCCCCAUUACCAGUGACUCUUAGUGAGUGUCCCUCUGCCCCCCUCACCAGUGAACCACAAUGUGUACCCCAUGCACCCUGCCCCGUGACCCCCUAGUGAGUACCUUGCCUCCCCUAUACCAGUGACCCCCUGAGUACCCCAUGCCUUGCGUGCCCCCGUCCCCUCCCCAGCACACCACCCACCUCUCACCAGCAACCCCUAGUGUGUACCCUGGCUCAUGUCCUCCUUAUCAAUGACUCCUAGUCAGUACCUCAUGCCCUGCCCUGGGUCCUCUGGGCGCCUAUCACCCUGGGCAUCCGGGCCCUGUUACCAGCGACCCCUCAUGCCAUGCCUCAUGCCACGUCUUGUGUCCCCCGGCACUAUGUACCCUCUCACCAGUGACCUAGUUUGUACCCUGGGCACCCUGCCCUCUCGAUGCAGCCCUAGACACUAUUCCCGCUCGCCCACUCAAGACCACUAGUGAGUACCCCCAGGCACCUUCUCCAUGUAACCCCAGGCACCCUGCCCCCAUCUCACCAGAACCCCCCUAGUGAAUACCCCAUACUGUACACCAUGCACCCUGCCCCUGCUUCAGUGACCACAUACUAAGUGCUCCUCUCUGUGCCCUGAAUAUUCCUGGGCACCCUGCCCCCUUUCCCCAGUGACCCCUAGUGAGUACCCCCAGGCACCCUGUUCCAUGCAUCCCGGGACACCCAUCCACCCCUUACCAGUGACCCAUAGUGAGUACCCCACACCCUGCCCCAUAUACCCUCCCCAGGCACCAUGUCCCAGUGCACCCUCUCUUUCCCAGCUGCCACAUGCCCCAUUUCAUCAGUGACCUCUACUGAGGACUCCAUGCCAGGCACCAUGCCCCAUAUUCUCUGUACCCCUCCAUACAGCUACCAGCCCUCUCUUGACCACUAGUGAAUACCCCCUACUGGGCACUUUGCCCCCAUUUACUCCCUACACCUCACCACAUACAGCCCGCCAGGCCCAGCAGAGCCCCUGCUUCAUCAAUGACCCCUAGUGAGUGGUCCAUACUGUCCCUUUGCAUCCCAUGCUCUUCCACCCGGUAUGGCUACCAGCCAUCAAAGCCCUAUGUCACCUCCAUGGACCCACACCAUAUAUCUGACAGCAUCUGAGGAGCUGCCCCACUUCAGAGACCCCUAGUGAGUAGCUGACACAGAGCACUAUACUCCUAUCCUGCCCCCACCUAUCAGCCUCUAGUUCACCAGUGAUUUCUAGUGAGUAUCCCACACAUUGCCUGCAUUGCUUUUUGUAUCCCCAUCCCUUAUACAUGGUUCCCAGCCCCUGUGGAGUCCUAGUUUCCUCAGUGACCCUAGUGAGUUUUCCAUUUCAGGCACCAUACCCUUAUACCACCUCAUAGACUAUGGAGCCCCUAGUGAAUACUUCACAUCAGACAUCCAUACCCCGUCAUGAUGCCCUCUGAGUUCCCCUAUGGGGCUUCCAGCCCCAGUGAGCUCCGGCUUCACCAAUGACCCCUACCCGCUGUUUGUAACGUGGAAGAUUGGUCGAGAUAAACGAUUGCGUGGAUGCAUAGGUACUUUUUCAGCCAUGAACCUGCAUUCAGGACUCAGGGAGUACACACUUACUAGUGCCCUUAAAGAUAGCCGUUUCCCCCCAAUGACGAGGGAUGAGCUGCCACGGCUUUUCUGCUCAGUGUCUCUACUCACUAAUUUUGAAGAUGUAUGUGAUUACUUGGACUGGGAGGUGGGUGUACAUGGCAUUAGAAUAGAAUUCAUCAAUGAAAAAGGAUCAAAACGCACCGCCACCUACUUACCGGAGGUUGCAAAGGAGCAAGGAUGGGACCACAUUCAGACCAUAGAUUCCUUAUUGAGGAAAGGAGGCUACAAAGCUCCAAUUACUAAUGAGUUCAGGAAAACCAUAAAACUGACCAGGUACCGUAGUGAGAAGAUGACCAUGAGCUACACAGAGUACCUUGCCCAUCGUCAGCAUCAUCACUUCCAAAAUGGCAUUGGGCACCCCCUUCCACCAUACAACCAUUAUUCCUGACACUGAGCCACAUGACCAGUCACUGGACCUCUCUGCAGACCUCUUCCCAGGAGACCCCGCCCCUUCCUGGUCUAGCUAUCUCUAUUACUGUACCAUUUUAUGAUGAUAGUUUCCGUUGCCACGUUGACGCUUCUCCUUGGUUGGUCAAGUUCAUCGUGGCAACGGGUGAGAAAACUGCAUUAUUACAAAGCUCCCAUAAUUCUUUUUUAUUGAGUCACUGCGGGGUUUUUUUGCAGCAUAUAUAACCCUUGUGUUUUUUUAUAAAAUUUGAAAUUUAUACUACAUUAACACUGAAUUAUAUCAAUCAAGGUUUUCUGUGACUGUGGAUGGAAGGAAGACUUUAGUGUUUAAGGGUUACAAUUAGGGAUAUCCUUUUUUUUUGAGUAAGACAUUUGUUGCUGUUGCAUUAAUAGUUGUAACAGGGAAUGAAACAUAUCAGAGAUUCAGGUAUUAAGCAUACAUUCCCCACCAUUGUAGUAAAGGCUCUUUAUUUCAUGUAGUUAAAUACAUGAGCUUCAGAUUCAGUAUUUACAGACAGAAUUUGAAGGGUGAUAUUCCAGAUGAAGAGAAGCUGUUGCACCUAGCAUAAGAGGCAAUGAUGAUAGGAAGUAUUUCAGGAUCAGUUGGUCUAAUUGAUUACAGACUUAAAGUGCCAGAUCCAGCAGGGUACUAAGUGCCCUCAACUCUCAUUCCAUUAUAUGGGAAUUGAGGGUAUUCUCUCCCUCUCAGGAUCAGUCACCAAAACUGUGUUUGUAAUGCAGAGAAGAGACUACUUUCUGACGUUCUCAAAAUAGGAGUCACUUUUGUUUUAAUAAUGGUUGGUGAAUAGGCAGUGUUACAUUAGGAAGAAAAUGGAUUUAGAUUUGUGCCUUUUGAUUAGGACAUAAAUACAGUUACAUAAAAAUCAUAGGAAGAAUAUUAAAAGCACUGGACAGCUCUCUACUGAUCUGGUGUAAAUUACUUUUUAAACUGGGAUUCUUUUGAGCAAGCAAAUUGUGAAAGAUUUUCUCUUCUCUCCCCCCCAUCUUAUUCUUUCUUUUUAGUUUCCUAAGUUUUAUGAUGUCAUGAUUAACCAGAUAACAAUUAACUGCUGUUUUAAGAAGCAGUGUGAGUGUUGCAGAAAGAGCACAGGACAAAUAUGCCCUGAUUUCAGAUGUCUUCAUCUAUUACAGGAACAGUCCUGGAGUGUUGUAAGUACUGUGAAAUAGUUCUGGUAACUUUUCUGCACUAAGAAGAGGUAGAAAUCAUUUUACUGUAUUAUCAGAAUUUUGUGUGUUGUUCCAGCUGUAGUAAUGGAGAUGGGAUUUAUAAAAAGGUUUGUGUGGUAGAGUAGCAAGACCUGAACAUUUUGGGGCCGAGUCUCUUCUUGCAGCUGUAGAACUCUCACUAGCACCAGUAGUAGUUUACCGCAUAUUCAAGGGAAUACUAUACCUCAUGCAUCAUAGAAGAAGACCCUCUACAUACGGGUGAGUAAAGCAGAAAUCCCCAGAUAUUUCAAAUAAUGGAUGUGUGUGUAUAAAACAAAAUACAUAUGCUAAACAGAUAAGAGAAAAAAAAGAUGGCGCUAAUAAUACUUUUGCUGUAGCAAAUGGCAGACUGCUAGUUGAAAAUUCUAAAAUUUUAUAUUUUACGAUAAUUGGGUAAAUUGUUACUGCUCACCUGUAAUAUGAGGCAAGUUUUGCUGGGUUAGUUUUAAGAUAGGUGGUCUUUGGUAUUCCUUCAUCCACAGCAUUUGAUGUCCAAAUGUUAACACUUUCAGUUGUGAUGCCUUAAUUUAUAAGCAAACAAAAGGGCCUGAAAAUUCAGUAGCCAAGAGAUAUGCCAAGCGGACACUGCAAAAAUCAAUAGAUGUUUAUAUAGAGGAUAUUUUGGAUGAUACUAUUGUCUUGUUUCUACUUGGGGAACAUUUUAAAGUGGAUUAGCUUUUAAGUGGAAACUGUAAACAAGUGGCUACUUGAUUGAAAGUUUUUUUUCUUGCCCUUAUAGGGAAACUGAGCACAAGCUGAAUAAUAUUGUCUGCUGCAAAAAAAAAAGAAAAAAAAAGACACUCACCCCAUCUUUACCCAUCAUCUCGUUACAGCAGGCUCAUGCUUCUGUAUGAGCUCAUUGUUAGAAGUUUUUAAAAAAAAAUCUAUUAUAUAUAAAAA